GGGUAUGUGGGCGCGUACUUCGACAGACUGACCCCAAAAUUGUAACCGACCAACUGCUUCUGCAGCAAGACUGCAAGAUGCUGUUUUUCUGAAUAAAUAUGUAAAUUCCCUACGGUACGUAUUAAUUUAUUGUGCUUUAUUUAUAGUCUAGCAUCAUGGUGGACAUUAAUUCUUAUGUGGCGUUGGAGCUACAUAAAAACAUUUCGGAAGAUGCCAUUUCAUGGUUGAUUGCAAAGAUCCAAGCUGACAAAAUGGAGCAUGGAUGCCAGCUGAAUAUUUCUAGUCGAAAAUUGGAAGAUGAAAAAACGUUGGCUUUAGUGAGUGCAUCUGAUUUUCGUAAAAGAGUUGGAGCAGAAAUAUUGGCAUAAAGAAGAAAUAUAAUGAUGGAAGUAUGCGAGAAUUUAACAUGGCAGAUCAACAUAACUUUAUUGGCUAUUUAGAUGAUGAUUUCAUUACUGAAAGUGAAGCAUUAUACAUUAUUAAAUCUGAACUUGAUCUACUUCGUGCGACUGAUGAUGAUGGGCAUAUACCAGGACAUGAGAAUAUUCGACUUUAUCCAGGGAAAUCCAUUUUGCGAAAGUUGAAAAGUUCGAAUCUACUUACAAACAUCGCAUGUCUUCAUAAUCCAACCAAGCUCGAUAAGUUGGGAAUGGGAUGGUAUAAGAAUAAAUCACUGACCCUGGAGCAGCCAACAGAUGAAAUUCACAGUUACUUUGGCGACAGUAUCACAAUGUAUUUUUCUUUUCUCGGCUAUUACACAAAAGCCUUGAUUCCUCUUGUUGUAUUUGCCCUACCAUUUUAUUUAACUUCGAGCUACUGGGGCCAAGUUGAAAGUUAUUCCGGAUAUGCGAUGUUAAAUCUAAUCUGGGCAUCUGUAUUUCUUGAACUGUGGAAAAGAAAAAGUGCGGAACUUGCUUAUAAAUUUGGAACUUUCCAGAAAAGGGAAUGGGAGGAACCACGAGGAAGUUAUCGAGGUCCACUUGGUAUUAAUCCAAUCACUGGAAAACAAGAACCAUCUUAUCCAGACUGGAAAAGAAAAUUAAGAAUUUGUUUUAUCACUGGACCAAUCAUAACACUGUGCAUAAUGUCUGCAGUGUCUCUAAUGUUUUAUUAUUUCAGUUGGGAUGCAUAUUUCGCUGCCAAGUAUGACAAAGUUGGAACAAUAAUGUCAAAACUCCUCAGAAAUAUACCGAGCAUUGUUUAUUCAGUACUUGUUCUUGCAGCAAACUUAUUUUAUCGCAAACUGGCCGAAUAUUUGACUGAUCGAGAAAAUCAUCGACUUGAGUCAUCUUAUCAAAAUUUUCUCAUAACAAAAAUUGUUUUGUUUGAUUUUGUCAACAAUUUUCUAUGUUUGUUCUACAUUGCUUUUGUUUACAAUGAUAUGAAAAUGUUAUGCAGGACCUUGAGAAAUCUUUUUCUCAUUCAAAUCAUUAUUUCACAAACAAUGGAAUCGCUUGUACCAUACUGGACUUAUCGACAUAGAGUUGGUGACACAAAAGAGAACAAGGAGAAUGAUGAACCUGAAACUCAGGCUGCAAUAGAUCUGAAACGAGAUAUCUAUUCGGGAACUUUUGAUGACUAUUUGGAAAUGUGGUUGCAGUUUGGAUAUGUCGUCAUGUUUUCUUGUGUGUUUCCUUUUGCUUCUAUACUUGCUCUGAUAAAUAAUGUGAUUGAAAUUCGAUCAGAUGCUUUUAAAAUGUGCAAAGUAUUCCGCCGGCCUGAUAGUUUACCAACAAGAAAUAUUGGUGCAUGGCAGGUUGCAUUUGAAAUUAUAUCAUAUCUUGGAGUGAUUUCAAACAUUGCAUUAAUAUUUCAAUCAGAAGGAUUUCAGAAAUGGUUUUACACUCAAGAUUCUUCUGCUGAUGCUGUCACUUUGUUGAUAGCUUUUUUCUUGGCCGAGCAUUCACUUCUCGCUGUAAGGUAUGCCUUAUCUACUUUGAUACCUAGUGUUCCAGAACAUAUAAAUAUCGCUAUAGCAAGAAUGAAAUACAGAUCACUACAAGCUCUCAAGCGACAGAGAUCUGCAUCACUUCCUCCAAGUGAAAUGUUGCGAAAAAAAUUACAUUUACUCCGUGCAAAGGCUGCUCGUAGUAAUGAAACUAAUGAAUCAACUUCAGAAUGAUGUUGUUACUUUAUAAGGCUCAUGAAAAAGAUGUUACUUUAUAAUCUUUUCAUUUACUGCCAGCACAAGUAUUUGUCCGAAUAUAGCGGAAAUUUCUGUACUAAUUUUGCUAAGAUAUAUAUAUUCAAUCAUUGUAAUGGCACUUGUGCAUUUUCCUAGAUUUUAUGGUUUUCUUUCCAUCGAUUAACCUUCAUGAGUUACUAACUAUAUCUUACUUGCCAUAUCAUAAAUGUGAUAGUAAUACAUAUUCUAUAACAAAUCAGUACAAAUAUGCCUUUUGCUAUGUCUAUAAAUUGCCACUUAGUAUACCAUACCAAUGCAAUUGAAUUUUUUCAAAAAUAGUUUUUUUUAUAUAUUUCAAAAGCUCCAUUCGUAUUUAUUGGUUCCUUUCCUUGAUUUCAUAUUUUUGAUGUAUAUUUUGCAAAAGUACUCGGGUGAUUUUUCAUUAUGCAAUCCUAGCAUGUGUGGAUGUUUAUAUUAUCUUUGUAUGCCUGGUGUAUUCAGAAUAAAAAUCUGACACAACCUUAACAUAUAGUGAGAAUAGCAGUCAUUAUGAUGUAUUUUGUUACUUGUGGCCGACUAACUAACUCAUUUUGCAAAAUGAAAUGUCUUACCUCAUAUCUCAAUAACCAAUCCUUUCUAUAUAGAACAAUCUUUGCCCGUUAUAAAAUUAUGAUGAUAUGCAACAAAAAUGAGCAAACUUGCCACAUCCGAAAUAUGGCAGGGACAAAAGUUGACAAUAUCUUAACUCAUUUGUAAAUUUGAACUUUUCUAUUAUUCAUCUCACUUUUGGAAGACUUGAGUACAUGCAUGAUUAGACAAAUUAACGUUAUUUUUUCCAGAUUCACUGUAUCUUUGUGCGAAAGUUAGGGGGCCGAAUAUAUAAGAUUUGUACAAUAUUUCUGUUUUCGACUGAAAAAUUCUGUAUCAAUAAUAUAUAUCAAUAGUAUCAUAAUUUUAGCUUAAUGUGCACAAGUAAACUCUAGUAUGUUAUAUAGUGGAAAUAUAUAUAUUUGGUUGAAGUUUUCUG